GGUAGCAAUCCCGGAAGAGCUACCAUACGAAGUGAAAGUGGGACCGUAUGAGCCAAAAAAUAUUCUAUAAUCGCAAUUUAAGUUACUGCCCUCUAACUGUCGUUAGUGGAUUGACGACAGCAUCAACCCCCUCCCUCAACGUUCCCUGAUGAUCUUCCACUCAACAAAACAGUUUGCAUCCAGCUUCUGUCUUGACAGUACACUGCAGGAUUAGUGAAAUAUGGCAGAUACUCAUCAGACACACGGUCCCACGGCUCGAAAGAAAGCACGCCCUUCCACCAAUCCCAGGAAAGGCAGAAGUUUGUCUCAGAAGUUGACAUACGCAUCACAUGAGAGAGCUCGAGUGAACAUUGGAGUGGCAUUUGAAAGGUGGCGUGCACUGAAAAAAGAAAAUGGAUUGAGAUCUGAUGCAGAAGUGGCCUUGCAUCUUCUGGAUGAAAUGAAGAGGUUGCCCUCCAGCUCAGCUUCCUCUGGAGCCAGUGAUAAAAAGAUUAAAUUCUCCCAAUCUGAAGUGCAGACUCUGAUCGAGCAGGAGGUUCGCAGUGUGGUGAAAAAGAAUGAAACCAAGCUGAAGGGAUUAAUAGAAACUAUUCAACAGCUGGAUCGUGGAGCUGACUAUGAGAGCUGCAUCCAGAAACUGGAGGCUCGAAUUAACAUGGUAACCCACAGAGCAGAAGCAGCACUUGCCUACAUGACGAAGAAAAAGAGCCCACCAACAUCUCUUGCGAGUGAGGACGUCAUCAGGCCAGACUCUAAGGAUGAAGCCAUGGUGUCACAGAACAAAAAGAGCACGGAGUGCAUGGAGAAGAGUGGAGAGCUCUUUCAAAUGAUGGAAACAACAAAAAAGGCGCUAAAGAAGAUGCAGGCUGAUAACAAAGCUUUGACAGCUGCCAUAGCAGAUUUAAGUGAAGAGCUGCCUCCUCCUCGCUCCCCUGAGUGUAAGGGACUCGACAGGGUCAUAAAGAAAGAGCGGGAAGAUCUGGAGGAAAAGGAAAGCAACGUUGAGGAGUCCAUGCAGUUUGAGGAGCCAAACGCAGAGAGGGUGAAAGCAGAAUAUCUCUCUCCUGGCUGCAGUAACAGUCACAAGCACACAGACUCAGAGGGAGCAAUACACACUCUCAAAAAAGAAAUCUCUGUUGAAGAGUCCAAACAGGAGUCAAAGACCAAGAAGGGGACAGCAGUGUGUCUGUCUUCUGGCUCUAGUAACAGUCUCAAGCGCAAAGACUCAAACGAGGACUCGUAUCCUCCUCUUCCACCCUCCGCCUCCCCCCCCACCCCCAAUGUGGAAGCGGCCUCCUACAACAUCCCCCAGAGACCGGAAGUACAUCUGGCUCUCAUCAGGAAACCCGCUAGCCUCUCUGUUCUCUGGAACGUAACUGAGAAAGACCCGGCAGCGCCUCCUAUGGAUAGUUACAGCGUCUACAUGACCAUGGAAAAGGGCAGGGGUAGCGGCAUCUUCCCAAAUUGGCAUACCCUUGGUGAGGUGAAGGCCAUCCCUCUGCCCAUAUGCGUGACGAUCAGCAAGUACAAGCCCGGGCACAAGGUGUGUGUUGCUGUGGUGGGCAAAGACAAGUUUGGCCGGUACGGACCUUACAGUAAAGUUGUAACCGCAGUCAUACCUGACUAGAUCAGGAUCUGGGCUCAAGAGAGACACGACACAAGCACCUACGGUCAAAUGGGAUUUUUCUCACUCUUCAUGUGUUUGUACUUUUAACUUGUUAUUGCACAUCAGUGUUUUCAUGUGUCGAUCACCGUUUUUUGAUUGUUUUCGGGGGCAAUGCUAAAUAGGAACGCUUUUUAUUUUUUAAAGCAAAACAAAACGGACAGCUACAGCUCUGGAGCUCCGAAACAGGCUGCACUUUCAUCCCUCCAGGUGUUUGCACACCUUCAAUGUAUGUCCACUAAAAGUGUUUGCUUAUCCUAAUUUCACUUUUUCACUUCCCCAAAAAUGUGAUUUGACAUGUAAACAGAAUGUUGAAUUUUUUUAAUUAUAUAAUAAUAAAGUUGACAAUGUUAA